CACGCCGCUGCCGGCCGGCGCUCCGGGCCGCGGGGCUCGCAAGCCAAUGAGGGCCCGGACCCCGGCCCUCGCCGCCGCAGGAGCCGCCCGCAGCCCCCCGGCCCGACCCCCCGCCCGCCCGGCGCCCAGGACCCAUGCGGCUGCUCCAGGAGAGGCUGCGGAGUGCCUAGGGGCCCCAUACCAGAACCCCACUGUGCUAGGCACUGAACAAAAAGAGGAUCCCCGUCCCAAGGGACUUAGUAUAAGUUUAAGACGAGAUGGAUAUAGACCGACGGGAGAGUUCAUGAACCACCCAGCUCCAGCAAACAGCCGCUACAAACCCACUUGCUAUGAACAUGCUGCUAACUGUUAUACACACGCAUUCCUCAUUUUUCCAGCCAUUGUGGGUAGUGCCCUCCUCCACCGGCUCUCUGAUGAUCGAUGGGAAAAGAUAACCGCAUGGAUGUAUGGCAUGGGCCUCUGUGCACUCUUCAUUGUUUCAACGGUGUUUCACAUUGUUUCCUGGAAAAAGAGUCACUUAAGGACAAUGGAGCAUUGUUUUCACAUGUGUGACAGAAUGGUGAUCUAUGUCUUUAUUGCAGCAUCAUAUGCACCAUGGUUAAAUCUUCGUGAGCUUGGACCUCUGGCAUCUCAUAUGCGUUGGUUUAUCUGGCUAAUGGCAGCUGGAGGAACCAUUUAUGUAUUUCUCUACCAUGAAAAGUAUAAGAUUGUCGAACUCCUUUUCUAUUUAGCAAUGGGAUUUUCUCCUGCUCUGGUAGUGAUAUCCAUGAACAACACCGAUGGACUUCAAGAAGUUGCCUGGGGAGGCUUAAUUUAUUGCAUGGGAGUGGUGUUCUUCAAGAGUGAUGGAAUCAUUCCAUUUGCCCAUGCCAUCUGGCACAUGUUUGUAGCUAUUGCAGCUGCAGUUCAUUACUAUGCCAUUUGGAAGUACCUUUACAGAAGCCCUGCAGACAUUAUCCGUCACUUAUGAUUUAAAAAAAAAAAAAAUCUGCACUAGGCCUCCAUAACAGUAUUAUUUGAUGUAAGGAAUUCUGGGGAAUUGAAAAAUUGCACAGGAAAAACUGCACUGACCUAGAUAGUUCUCUGAAUACAUUUACUGUGAACAGAUGUUAAAUAAUGUGUCCUGGAAUUGCCCUUCAUACAGCAAGUACUGUAAAUAAUCAAGGCACUAAAGUACAGUACGGAUAGUCCAUUCCACACUAGUAGAACUGGGUUCCUGAUGUUUACUAACCAGAAUUUUUGUAUUCUAGAUUAAUUUUACAGUUUUUACUAUAUGAAUUUUUCUAAAUUAGUGAUUCAAAUUGUGAAAGUCAGUGCAAUAGCAAAGAUGUAACGUCUUUUUGUUUUAAAAUUGGUUUCUACUGUUUUUUCACUAGCCAUUUAAUAAACAUAAAUCAUGGAGGGACAGAUCUAGUUUUACCACAUGUCAUCUUGGCAUAAUGACUUUUAUAGAAAUUUUAAAUUGUUUUUUUGUAAAUUUUAAAAGUACAUUUAUUGAAAUGAAAACAGAGCUGUCAUCUAUGCAGUUAUUCAUAUUGCAAACUCUUGCAAGAAACUUACAUUCCACAUACUGUACUGACAAGCGAACAUUAUACCUCUUCCAAAAGUUUUAUUACAAGUGUGGUUGUAACUCAUAAUUUUUAAAAACUUGUAAUUUCAAAACGUGGUUCUGCCAAGCUUGAACGUGAAAACAUGCUGCUCACUAUAGUACAUUUAGUUACUCAGGGCUUGUCUACAUGGUGGAAUAAUGCAGAUUACAGGGUGUGAUUCGUAAAGUGCACUAACAUGCUACAUGUUAAUUAGUCCAUAUGGACCCAGAUGCUGCACAUGAAAGGCUCCCUAAUGCAAUUUAAUGUAGUGCUAUUUGAAACAGUAUUAAGUUAAAGUGUACUAGAGAGCCUUUAGUGCACACCAGCAGGGUCUGUAUCAACUAAUGUGCAGCAUACCCCCGUAGUCCACAUUACCACACCAUGUAGACAAGCCCUUAGUAUGGCUUAUCAGUGAAAGAAACAGUGUUUCAGACAAGUAGUUAAUACCAGUCAAACAUUUUAAAGCCCCUCCCCACAUGCCAUCUAUAGAGACAGUUGAAUUGAUGAGAGCAGACUUUUCAAAACUUGGCAGUAUCAAUGCAGGUGGCCAGCUAUUAAAUAUUCCAGUAUCCAAAUUACAAUGAGGAAGCAUCAGUAAUUGUCUAGAAGAGUUAAUAUAUAUUGGUGCUGAAACAUUAAGGCUGGGAUAUCCAAAGGAUCUCAGUGGAGUUGGGUACCAGCGACCCUGGGCUUUGAGUGGGCAUUGUAUGUCUAACUCCCUUAGGCUCCUUCAGAAUCCCAGCCAAAACUGGUAUAUUAGAGUAUUUUAUGGUUACUGGUUCCUCACACACAUGGCCUUCUAGUGAAGAAAGCCUGAAGAACUUGAUACAAUAUCUCUCAUCAAUUUGGGACCUUAAGAAGAGCAAAACUGGGCUUAGCAUAUUGCUAUUUUCUGUAUGGGAAAACAAAAUGUAGCAAGGCAUGAUUGUAGAACACGUGCAUUAAAUAUCUAGAUGUAGACGCCUCACUGUAAUGCUGUUCGUCCAGUUAUUGUAUCUGUCCCACUACAUUAUCAAUGUCUUAUAUUAAGAUUGACUUGAUCCUUUUUUUCUAAUUUACUCAGUUUUUCAUGUCAGUGUUUUAAAAACUAAAAACAAAACAAACAACAUGUUGCCUUUUUCAGAUUUUGUUCUGGGUAUUGCCUGUCUUCAAACAAUAGACUAGUAUAAUAGAGAUGUUUUUUGAGGUACUAUUUAAUAUUUCAUCUGAACUUGCCAGUGGGUUGUUUGCAUAUUAUAGAAUCUGUACAUGUCUAUAAAAUUUCCAGGAAGGGACACUUUUUAAAAAAAAAAAAAAAAAAAAUCAAGGCAUGGAAAUGAGUUGCCA